CGGUAAGCACAUAAGUUUCCUGGCCUUCACGAGCAACUCACUAGUCUGACUAGAAACCUUUUCAAAGCUCUCCAUGUUUAGGUUAUAGCAUCGCAAGAAGAUCUCACUAUAGGGAAAGUGUUUCCAACCAUAGGAUUCUACAUGUCGUAACGACCUUACCCACAGUGUUAGCUUUGCAAAAUGAAGCUGUUUGGGAGGCACAGUUUUUUCCAUGGGAAAUCUCUGAUGGAACUUACUGCCCAGUUGAAAAAUCCAAAAGGCAGAGUAGUCACAAGACUUACAUUUGAGCGAUACCCAGAAAAAAGCUACUACAUUCUGUCACAUGUUGAACAUGGAUAUAGUGGACAAAAUCUAACAGGUGUGGCAUGGGGUACAAAGGUCUUCCGAGGGUACAAGUACCCAAACAUAACGAGGAUUGAUGCAGGCGGAAAACGUGACUGGAGACUUAUUCCUAAAGAAGAGGAGGAGGAGUAUUGUAAAAUUGACAAAGUUCAUGAACCGAAAUUUAAACCAGAGGACAUUGAUACUCGGCUACCCCCUCUGAUGGAAAUAGUUUUGGAAAGAAACUUGAAACAAAGAAAUGUGGCCUAUGAAGGCAUUCCUAAAUUAGAGGGAUUUGUUACAUUUAACAAAGAUGAUGUGACAAAGAGAGGUGUGUAUUUUAAUGCACAGAAAAGCAGUGACUCACAGACUCAAACUUCAUAAAGGAUAACAUAUUAAGCAAAGGAUUUCAAUUCUGUGUAGGGGGAUGUGUUUCUUUAAAUGUAUGACAGAGUGUUAAAAUGAUGUAAAAGUGAAAUGAAAACUUACUUAAUUUUAGAUUUGAUAAAAUUCUGAAUUAAAGAUUUUAAUCUUUGAUAAAAGGUGCUUUCCAUGAAAUGUUUUUAAAAUAAAAUUUGAAGAAAUAUC